AUGGACACACCUUCGGCAUGUGGUCCAUCGGCGUCAUCUUGUGCACACUCGUCGUCGGCUGCCCUCCAUCAGAUCAAGGACCUCAAGAGCAUCCGCGACAGCGAAUACGAAUUCCCCACAGACCGCGUCAUCUCUGGGGCGGUCCAACACCUCAUUCAACAAAUUCUGACUCCCAAUCCCUCACAACGUCCAACCCUGCACGAAAUCGUUGACCACUCAUUCUUCACACAAGGCCCCGUCCCCUCCUACAUCCCUACCUCUGCACACGAUGGCACUCCGGACUUCAGACACAUAUCCAAGUCCGUGUCAAGCACCAACCUUAAGCGUCUGAGAAAGUACGCGCUUCUGGACGAGGAGUACCCCAUGGCGACGAUGCCAUCGUUCACGUCUGGAGGCAUCACAGCAAGCAAGAGCAUCACCACCAGCAUCGCACAGCAGUGCAAGGAGUUCCAGAAGGCCGUUCGACCCGGCUCGCCUAUCUCAGCAUUGCUUAGCUCGGCAAUUGUUCAUGGCGGUGAAGGAGAGCCCCCUUGCUUUCGACGCCAACUUCGACGCCAAAGCCGCAGGGAAAGUAUUGCGGACCCCAGAAGCGCACCUGCCCGUCAGUUGGGUGGACUACUGCAACAAGUAUGGCAUAAGGUACGCUCUGAUGAGAGUGUCGGAGUGCAUUUCAACGAUAGUACCAGUUUGGCUUUGAGCCCUGAUGAGGUGUACGUUCCCUUUUUUACCAUGGCACUUCAUUGUUUGCAAACGCUGUUCGACUACGUCACCUCCAGGCGACGCGGAACCAUAUUCGUGCGCAAGUCCUAUACGGUGGACACACACCCGGACAAGCUUGAGAACAAGGUGUACCUGCUGAAACACUAA